AUGGACUUGGACCUAAACCUACAUGAGAAAUACUUCCUAAAUACCAUAAAAGAAAAAUUAGCAAAAAACACUCCUGACACCAGCGUAUCUAGUAAAUAUGAAUCCAUUUUUAUCAGUGGCAUUUUUUGGGUCCUAAGCGGGCUCACAAUAGUAAGGAAGAACAGGAAGAGCCUCGAUGAGGUGCUCGACAGGAAAGUAAUAGAUACCCUCUACUCCCUAGUAAUGGAAUGUUUGGAGAAAAAAAAAAUUAAAAAAAAAUACAUUUACAAGUUAAAAAAGGAAAAGUACUUUUUAUCAAAUGAGGACAUUGAUCAAAUAAUUGGUGAGUCACAAAGUGGUCCUAGCGGUUUGUACGCGGUGACUUGUUCCAGGGGGGAAGACAGAGGAUUACCAACCCGGUGCAAAAAUGUUCCCACGGGUCAUAAAAAGAUGUGUGACGAAAAGGCAAUUUUAACGGAAGAAAGGAAUGCGGAAUUUAUAGCUAGCCCAGAAUGUUCAAACCGAGUGGAAGGGGAAGAGUCUAACAAAAUGGUGAAGAUGACAAGUGUGGGCAAAAGGAAAAAAAAGAGAUUUCACUUAUGUGGAUUCAGUCCAUGCAAGAAAAGCAACCUAUAUGAGGCGAAUGUAAUAUCCACCUUAAGCGCCAUACAAGUAUUGUUUCUGUUGAAUAAAAUAAGUGAAGAAGAUAUAAGCACUAAAAUGAUUCUGGAGAUGUACAAUUUUGUAUACUUCCUUUUUGAUGAAAAGAAAGGUUUCUACCACUUCUCACUGAACAAUGCAAAGUUUCAAUUCGAUGGCGAUAUUCGUUUCAUGUUCUGUGCCUUGUCAGUUUUACAUUUUUUAUCCCUCUUAUUGAAAAAAAGGAAUGUUCAUAUUAGUUUGUAUAACAAUGAUGAGAGAUGUGCCCACUGGAUAUUAACCUGUUUGAACUUGGAUGGAGGUUUUUCGAAUGUCCCAGGGUCAGAGUCACAUGCAGGCACGACCUUCUGUGCGAUAAAUUCAUUAAAGUUGUUGAGGCUCAGGGGCGGUGAAAACUACUUGUCAAAUAAUGGCCUCUUACGGGGAAAACUAAUUAGAUGGCUCUGCGAUAGAUAUGACAACUUUGGCAUUAAUGGACGAAUCGGAAAGGAUCACGAUGUCUGUUACGCGUGGUGGGUUUUGGGAAGUUUAGUUGCCCUGAAAACAAAUUUAACUGAACUUUUUAAUGUAAAAAUUUUAAUUACUUUCAUUCUGAUGUGUCAAGAUAAAGAGAAGGGAGGUUUUUCAAGAACGGCAAUUAAAAACAAUGUAAGUGGAAAUAAGCCCUUUAAUUUUUAUGAUAGGGAAAAUUUAUCCCACCAAGAAGCGGACCUCUUUCAUACCUUCUUCGCCCUAUGUGCUAUCUCACUCAUAUAUCACAAUUUUUGCCAUUAUAAAAAGAAGAACAGAAAAAGGUUUCAGCUGUUUGGUGGAGAUGUAAUUCCACAACAGUUAGAGUCCACUCUCGCCCAGAUGGUCAACGUGCAUGUGUCCUUUGCGAUGCCCCUUCGUAUGACAUACAGUGCUCCCUUUCCCGUAGCCGAUUGCGUGUGUGAUAGGUGA